AUGGAGAGCAUCAAUGUGAUGUGUGCGGAGAUUCAGAUCACAGACGGGUUUGAGUUCAGAGUUCCUGCUGACAGAUUCACUCUCUUCCAGCAGUCUGACUGUGAGAGUGUGUUUCAGUCCUCAAACUACACCAUUAUUCACACACGCAGACCCACACGCAGAGACAGACACACACACACGGACGGGUUUGAGUUCAGAGUUCCUGCUGACAGAUUCACUCUCUUCCAGCAGUCUGACUGUGAACCGCUCUGGUACUCACAGGAUGGUCGUCUGAUAGCACAUCCAGCGAAUCCUCUGAAACUGAUUGCUCCUGUUAUUUCUGUCUCAUCUGAUCGUCUCGUCACGUCUCACUGUGUGAAUGAACUUCGUCACAGGAUCUACUGCGAUGCUUCAGGAUUCAGUCUGGACACCAUCUUCAGAGCGAGGAAUGAAACUGCAGCGACUCCAGACUCAGAGGUUCUGAAUGAAGUGACUCCAGAUCUCCAACAUUCAGAUCAGCUGUGGUGGAUUUCUGCUCUUCUCAUUGUCAUUCUUCUCCUGGUUUUGAUCUGUUUCUUGCUGCGGAAAAGGAUCUUCAGGUGUUUUCAGAGCGAAGAGUGGUUCAUCUGUCAGCACGAAGCUCUAGACAACAGGGAUCUGGUGAUGCUCGGAUCUGAUCCUCCAGGAAUCAGUUCAGUGAAUCGAUUCAGUGAAUCGGCUCAAUCACCAUCUGAUGCUGAUCACGAUUCAAUGGUUUGAAUCAACAUCACGGCUCAUUUUAAUAUCUGUUCAAAUGGAAUGAGCGAUGCCUUGUUGUUUCCUUCACAUUGAAGCAGAAAGUCUAUUUCCAGACCCUUCACCGUCUCUGUUCCUCUCUGUUGACCUCCAGACGAUCUGCUGAGACUCUCAUGACCUUCAGGAGGCAGUUCAAGACUCUUUUUCUGCAUGCGCUUCACUGACCCACAGUCUUAAAUCAAGAAAAUUAUCUUAUGUUCUGUACGGGUUUAACGGUACAGGUAUUUCUUUGCCAAACAUUUUCAUUUUGGCAUGCAUGUAUAUCGGAACAAAUGCAGCUUUAGAAACAUUGAUCACAAUCAGCAUUAUCAUCUUGAGCUCUAUCUCUAGCUUUCAAAUUCUGUCUUCAGUUUUAUGAGAUUCAAACAGUAAACGUGUUUUUGCUGCUCUUUAAUGUGAAGUGAUGGUCUCUUUCUCUCUACUACUAGUUACAGCAGCAAAUAAACAUGAAUGAACAUCAGAACAAUCAGAGCAACUCUCUGAAUUCAAUCAUGAAUCAUGGAAUCCAUCAAUCAGUGAUUCAGCCGCAGAAAGACUUCAAUAAAACAGCAGCUUGAGAUCAAUAAUACCAACAGUUCAAUUUCUAAAUGAUGCACCUUAAUGUAAAUGUGUUAUAUUUGUAUUAAUUUGGGAGAAUAUUUAUUUUAAUUUUACUAAAUGCUAAUUUUACUUUAUUAAUUACUGAACAGAGUUUGUUCAA